GAGAGACAGAAGGAGAGCGACAGAGUGAGAAUAACAGAGAACAGAGUAAACGAGUAGAGAAACAGAAAUAAUAAGUUGGAGAAAGUAAGACAGAGGGAAAGGUAGAGGACAUAUCAAGAGAGUGCGAGAUCAAAAGACUGAAAAUAAAACAGACAACAGAAAAGAUAAGGGGAAAAAGUAUGCGAGAGAGAGAGAGAAAGAGAGAGAGAGAGUGAGGGAGGAAUGACAUGGAGAUUGUCCACUAAUGCAUGCCAGUUUCUGUGACACACUGUGUGUGUGUGUGUGAGUGUGUGUGUGUGUGUGAGUGAGUGAGUGUAAAAGAGAGACAGAGAGAGAGAGAGAGAGAGAGAGAGAGCAGCAGAUCAUAUUGCAAAGAUGAAGAGAGCGGCCGACGACGAGGGAAGUGAACUAUUCCUCCGCUUCAUCCCUCGAUUCCUGCACUCCUCAGGACUUUGAUGCUGAGGGACCAAGGAGGGCUUUCUCCCCCUGGACAGGAGAGCACCUAGGGAUACACACACACACACACACACACACUUUCCUCACACAUUUACUACACACACUCUGCUCAGGACUUAAACCCCCUUUUUUGGAGGACUUUAUCUGGAGACACAGAAUUAAAGAGGAAAACGAAAGAAAGAGGAGACGUUCAGGAGUGGAGUCCAGUGUCUGAGCGUGUGUGUGUGUGUGUGUGUGUGUGUGUGAGAGAGAGAGAGAGAGAAGCAGAGAUGGACGGAGUGUGUGCAUCCACCGGGAGCUGCUGCAGCCCCUCUGAUCAAAUGCUCCAGUUUGGAUAACACACACACACACACACACACACACACACACACACACACACACUGAGCGGCAGCAGGAAACGCAAGGCUUCUGGAUUCUCCCACCCCUAUUCCUGGGGCUGCUCCAAAACUGUCUGCUCCAACCCCUCCACUGACACCCCAGGACUGAACCAUUGCCACAAGGGUGGGGGGGAGUCAGUGAAGGGGGAGAAUACUUGCUAGCCUGUACUCUUAUCACAUCUUGAUUGAAGAGGAGAUAAAAAACAGAAGGAUAAAAGAUGAGUGUGAGCCGUAUGAGCCGAUACAGCAUCGUGUCGUCGGAGGAAGACGCUUUGCGCCUGACCACGAUCCAUGGCAGCAGCGGCAUUAAUGGCUACGGCAAUGGGAAUGGAAAGAUCCACACGCGCAGGAAAUGCCGUAACCGCUUCGUGAAGAAGAACGGACAGUGCAACGUCCACUUCACCAACAUGGAGCAGAAAUCGCAGCGAUACCUGGCCGACAUCUUCACUACCUGUGUGGACAUCCGCUGGCGCUACAUGCUGAUUGUGUUCACGCUUGUGUUUGUGCUGUCAUGGCUGGCGUUCGGUUUGGCGUUCUGGGUGAUCGCGCUGCUCCACGGCGACCUGGACAACCCGACUGGGGAUGACAGCUUCACGCCGUGUGUCCUGCAUGUAAAUGGCUUCUUAGCAGCAUUUCUGUUUUCCAUUGAGACUCAGACGACCAUUGGUUACGGUUUCCGUUGCGUGACAGAAGAGUGUCCGGUCGCCAUCUUCCUUGUAGUCUUCCAGUCCAUCGUGGGCAGUAUUAUCGAGUGCUUCAUGAUUGGCGCCAUUAUGGCAAAAAUGGCCCGUCCCAAAAAGCGUACUCAGACUCUUCUGUUCUCCAAAAAUGCUGUCAUCGCCAUGAGGGACGGGAAGCUCUGCCUCAUGUGGCGCGUCGGGAACCUUCGUAGGAGCCACAUCGUUGAGGCUCACGUCCGAGCGUUGCUAAUCAAACCGCGUGUGACUGCUGAGGGAGAGUACAUCCCGCUAGACCAGCUGGAUAUUAACGUCGGGUUCGACCAAGGGCUCGAUAGGAUCUUCUUGGUCUCUCCGAUCACCAUUUUGCACGAGAUUGAUGAGGAGAGUCCGCUUUAUGGGAUCAGCAAGCGGGAUCUGGAGACGGCAGACUUUGAGAUCGUGGUGAUCCUCGAGGGGAUGGUGGAGGCCACGGCCAUGACGGCACAGGCUCGGAGCUCGUACUUGGCAAGUGAGAUCCUGUGGGGUCACCGGUUUGAGCCGGUGCUUUUCGAGGAGAAGAAUGAGUAUAAGGUGGACUACUCAUACUUCCACAAGACGUAUGAGGUUCCGUCUACGCCGCGUUGCAGCGCUAAAGACAUGCUCGAGAGCAAGUGUGUGUCUGCUGCCGACAACGCCUCUACGUUCUGCUACGAGAACGAGCUGGCGCUGCUCAACCGUGAUGAGGAAGACGAGGAGGAAUGCACCCAGAGAGAUCGGCAAGACUUUGAACAGAUAUCUCGGAGCCUCGAGCAAAGGUCGUUCCGUCGCGAGUCUGAGAUUUAACCCCCUUUGACCUUUUGAUACAUCUUGGUUUAACAAUGCAGAACAAUGCAAAAGUGCCAUAACGUGAGGCUUGGAACUGUGCACAUCGAUAGGUGUGUGUGUGUGUGUGUGUGUUUGAGUAUGUGCGUAUGUGAGUGAAAUGCUAAAAGAGAGAUGAUGCACAGUUCGGGCCAGAGACUUUUUUUCUUAAUCCUGCACGGAAACUUGAAUCUUUUCCUCCCUCUUGUUUUAUUUUUCAUAAAUCUAGUUUAGUUAAACUCUUACCUUCUGAAUCUGUAAAUAUUUUUGCGUAGAUAGGUUAUGAAAUUGUGUGGAUUAUUUGCUUUCGUUCUAGAGAGAGAGAGAGAGAAAGGGGUUUCUUUUUUCUUUUAUUUUUGUCUAGCACUACUGAUUCCAAAUGCCCACACACACACACACACACACAUAGUACAAGCAUGACAGAUUCCUCUUUAAAGUUGCACUACUUAAACAAUCACAAAUGUCUCAGUGUGUUUCGACCAAGCAAUAAAUUUCAUUAGACACAUAAAUAGAAACCCAGACAGGCUAACACAUACACACACACACACACACACACACACACACAGUUGAGUGGGAAUCUCUAUAAUUAUCUAUAGCACCUCCUGAUUUUCCAUUCCUUGGCGUUCCCGGAACAAUGAGUGGGUGGUGCUUACAUUUAAUUUGACCAACCAGUGGCAAAGCUGAUCAUAUGACAUGAGCACAAUGGUUUAUCUAAUAUUAGCUAGCCUGCUAGCAAAUUCAAGCUAGCUAACAUUAUGUUAAAAAAAAAAGUAACUUUAUGAGUAGACUAGUGGUGAUGUCACAUGAUCAGGUUUGCAACUGGUUAAUCAAAUGCAACUUAAGCUCCACCCCUUUUCUGCCAGAGACAGCUGUCAGUCUACCAAUCAGGACGUACGAUAGAUUAUGACAUAGAGAUACAAGUAAUAAUAAUGACUAGACAAUAAAACUGUUUACUUAAAGUUAGCGAGCCAAACAAGUGAAAAACAGAAGUGGCUGGUGAUGUCAUAUUUUGUCAAGUUUUGUGAUUGGCUGAUCAAAUGUAACCUAAGCCCCACCCCCUUGUCAACCCACAGCAAAAAUCAGAAUGUGCUUCUUUAUGUGAAUUUAAUUGAAUUUAAUGUUUAUAAAUGUUUUAAGUACUUUGUAUAUUAAUUUUAUGUUUGAUCCCCCUUUUAAUAUUCAAACCUCAGGGCCAGAACGAGGCUGCUGCAUGUGUGUGUGUGUGUGUGUGUGUGUGUCAGCUAUUUCUCCAUUUGAGAGAUUUAUUAACAUACAAUUCCACAAUAAAUGCAGAAUAAAUGCAGAGCUUAUACAAUAAACAACACCAGUGUGUAACAAGUGCUUAUAAUACAAGUCCGAUACAUGUAUAAUACCAAAGUGCACUAUUACACAUCUGUAAUAAACAAAUACGACAUUCAGGUUUAAUCACAAAGUUGAAGUUUUCUUUUAUUACCCAAUAAAAUAUUCAUCUGCUAUGGCUGUAAAGGUGAUAAAAAGCUGAACUCACUGAUCAGACCUGACUCAGAGCUUUCCUAAUUUUUAAAAAAAAGAAUUUACCCCUUAUGGUCUGAAGUGAAGUGAGGACAUGGCUGAGUUUAUUCUUUACUUCAACUUCAGAGUAGAGGUGUGCAUCAGGACAAAAAAGGCACACAAGCAGGUGUUUUUUACUUUAAUACAGGUGUCUGAUGUGAAGCUUACUGCGUAAAGGAAGUCUGUAUUCAUUAACAUGGGAAAUGUACCGGUUACUCGCAUGGCAUUUACCGCAUUCCUUCAUCAUCAGUAACUGCUUUAUCCUGGUCAGAGGCGGUUUAAAUGAACUUAUUUUUUUUAUAUAUAUAUUUUGAGAUGAACAAACAACUAUUUGGUCAAACUUUCUGUGGGAGGAGCUUGAGUGGGGGCAAAAAACCUCUAAUGUAGUAUAUUGUUAGUCAAAAAUGCUAACAUGAAGCACCAUUACUAAACAAGACGUAACCACUUGAAACUCUCUUAUGUAUAGCAAUAAAAUAAUCCUAAUGGUUAAGCGUUCAAAGGUAACAGUUGUUGUUAUUCACUCAUGUUAGCUGCAUGUCUGGACCACUUAAGUAACACAUUUUAUAUAGCUGGACCUUUCCAAAUUUUAAUUCAAUACCCCUGGUUUAGAGUGUAGGGUUUAGGGGACUUGGCAUGAGCUGUGAGAUUAAUGUGAUGGUACAGGUUCCACUAGCAGGGUUUAGGGUUUAGGGAUUGAGGGUCUUGCAGUGGGAUAUGAGAUGCAGGCCUUCACUAGCAGGGUUGAGGGUUUAGGGAUUGAGGGUCCUGCAGUGGGCUAUGAGAUGCAGGCCUUCUGUAGAAGGGUUUAGGGUGUAGUGUAUAGGGAUUGAGGGUCUUGCAGUGGGCUAUGAGAUGCAGGCCUUCUGGAGAAGGGUUUAGGGUGUAGUGUAUAAGGAUUGAGGGUCUUGCGGUGGGCUAUGAGAUGCAGGCCUUCUGUAGAAGGGUUUAGGGUGUAGUGUAUAGGGAUUGAGGGUCUUGCAGUGGGCUAUGAGAUACAGGCCUUCUGUAGAAGGGUUUAGGGUGUAGUGUAUAGGGAUUGAGGGUCUUGUAGUGGGCUAUGAGAUACAGGCCUUCACUAGCAGGGUUUAGGGUUUAGGGAUUGAGGGUCUUGCAGUGGGCUAUGAGAUGCAGGCCUUCUGGAGAAGGGUUUAGGGUGUAGUGUAUAGGGAUUGAGGGUCCUGCAGUGGGCUAUGAGAUGCAGGCCUUCUGUAGAAGGGUUUAGGGUGUAGUGUAUAGGGAUUGAGGGUCUUGCAGUGGGCUAUGAGAUGCAGGCCUUCUGUAGAAGGGUUUAGGGUGUAGUGUAUAGGGAUUGAGGGUCUUGCAGUGGGCUAUGAGAUACAGGCCUUCUGUAGAAGGGUUUAGGGUGUAGUGUAUAGGGAUUGAGGGUCUUGUAGUGGGCUAUGAGAUACAGGCCUUCACUAGCAGGGUUUAGGGUUUAGGGAUUGAGGGUCUUGCAGUGGGAUAUGAGAUGCAGGCCUUCUGUAGAAGGGUUUAGGGUGUAGUGUAUAGGGAUUGAGGGUCUUGCGGUGGGCUAUGAGAUGCAGGCCUUCUGUAGAAGGGUUUAGGGUGUAGUGUAUAGGGAUUGAGGGUCUUGCGGUGGGCUAUGAGAUGCAGGCCUUCUGUAGAAGGGUUUAGGGUGUAGUGUAUAGGGAUUGAGGGUCUUGCGGUGGGCUAUGAGAUGCAGGCCUUCUGUAGAAGGGUUUAGGGUGUAGUGUAUAGGGAUUGAGGGUCUUGCAGUGGGCUAUGAGAUGCAGGCCUUCUGUAGAAGGGUUUAGGGUGUAGUGUAUAGGGAUUGAGGGUCUUGCGGUGGGCUAUGAGAUACAGGCCUUCUGUAGAAGGGUUUAGGGUGUAGUGUAUAGGGAUUGAGGGUCUUGCGGUGGGCUAUGAGAUGCAGGCCUUCUGUAGAAGGGUUUAGGGUGUAGUGUAUAGGGAUUGAGGGUCUUGCGGUGGGCUAUGAGAUGCAGGCCUUCUGUAGAAGGGUUUAGGGUGUAGUGUAUAGGGAUUGAGGGUCUUGCGGUGGGCUAUGAGAUGCAGGCCUUCUGUAGAAGGGUUUAGGGUGUAGUGUAUAGGGAUUGAGGGUCUUGCAGUGGGCUAUGAGAUGCAGGCCUUCUGUAGAAGGGUUUAGGGUGUAGUGUAUAGGGAUUGAGGGUCUUGCAGUGGGCUAUGAGAUACAGGCCUUCUGUAGAAGGGUUUAGGGUGUAGUGUAUAAGGAUUGAGGGUCUUGUAGUGGGCUAUGAGAUACAGGCCUUCACUAGCAGGGUUUAGGGUUUAGGGAUUGAGGGUCCUGCAGUGGGCUAUGAGAUGCAGGCCUUCUGUAGAAGGGUUUAGGUUGUAGUGUAUAGGGAUUGAGGGUCUUGCAGUGGGCUAUGAGAUGCAGGCCUUCUGUAGAAGGGUCUAGAGUGUAGGGUUUAGAGGACUCACCAUAAAAUAUAAGAUUUAUAUGAUGGAACAUGAUCCUGUAGAAGAGUUAAGGGUGUAGUGUUUAGGGUUUAGGAGAGAUACUGAGAUUAAUAGAAUGGUACAGACCUCUGUAGAAAGGAUUUAGGGGACUUAACAUGAGCUACAAGGUGAGCUUCAACAAUAGUGUACACCCUGUGUAAUGGUUUAGGGUGCAGGGUGUAGGGUUUAGGGAGUAGGGUUUACGGAAUUUAAUAUGAGCUAAAAGGUUAGCUUCAACAAUGGUCUGUAUAAAGGUUUAGGGUGUAGGGAGUAGGGUGUAGGGUUUAAGCUUUUAUGGGGUUCGUUAUGAGAUUAAAUGAUAAUUAUAUGGCUUUAUAAAGAAGACUUUUAUACUCUUACUCACAAUCCUUAAACCACACCCACUAAUUGGGGAUGUGGUUGUAACCAUGGAAACAGAGCUGAGUUUCAGUGAUUCUCAGCUCCACACCUGAAACACUGCAAUGUAGUUUACUCCAGAAACACUUGUUCUGUUAACUUCCUCCUGUUAUUUUAUAAACCUUUUUAAUAAGGUGGUGAUUUAUCUCGUAGCUGGUUGAUUCGGUGUGACUCUUUAAACUUUAUCGAUAGAUUAGCUUUUGCUCUGCCCUAUAGUGACAUAUACUGUAUAUUUGCUAUGAUAAAAUCUAUAACAAAGGGAUGCUCUAUAUGCUGAUAAGCCCCGCCCACUUUUUACGCUGGAAGGUGAGAAGCUGUUCGUGUAGCUGAUAUGAACCUCAUUAAGAAGUGAUCUUUAAAGCUUUUGUGUGAUUGAUAGUAUUAAGUGCAGAAAAAAGGACAAAGUGACAGUGAAACAACAAAGCGUAAACAUUUUACUCAGUAAAAGAAUUAAAAACAAACUUAAAACAGUCUAUUUUUUUAGUUUGUUUAAUCUAUGCACAAGAGCAGAGUGGUGAAGCUGAGAGCAACAUGUCCCUGGAAUGUGCUGGGGCUAUUUAUUUAUUUAUUUAUUUAUUUAUUGAUUGAAUGAUUAUAUACACAAAUACCAAAUAGUUAUGAAAGAUAGAAAGAAUGUUUUUGGAUGCUGGAAAUAAUGUAUUAAAAAUGUAAAAUGUAAAAAUUAUUUACUAGAAUAUAAAACAUAAAAUAUAUGAAUCUAAAAAUAUUAAAUAUAUUAGUGCAAAUUUUAUUAAGUUACAUUAAAGAUACCUAAUUUUAAAAUUAAAAUUAUGCCUAUGCCUUUUUUUACAAAUUCAAACAAAAGAAGAAAUUGCGUUUUGUGUGUGUGUGUGUGUGUGUGUGUGUUAUUCUCUUGUUUGCACAGCCUCCAUACUGGUCAUGUUUUUAAAGCAAUAAUGAAUUUAAUCAGCAAUAAUGAGGACAACCAACAAUCACUUUUACUUCAGAUUUAUUCUAAAUUAGGCAAAACUGGAAACUAAUAACACUUUAAAACAUGCAGACACCAGAAUAAUAGGACAAUGGAAACUACUGAACUUUAGAAAUUAGGAGAAGUUAAAUAAUUCCUGUAAACUAGUGGACACUGGCAACUGAAAUAACAGCUGAACCCAGCAAAGACUAGAAUACAGGGACUGCUGAAAUUUAAGGAGAAGGAGAAUACAGAUGAAAGGAUAACUAAAUAAAGAAUCAGACUGAACACUCUACAAUCAGGCUGAACAUUCUAGAAUCAGACUGAACGCUCUACAAUCAGAUUGAACGCUCUAGAAUCAGGCUAAACACUCUACAAUCAGGCUGAAUGCUCUAGAGUCAGACAGAACACUCUACAAUCAGACUGAACACUCUACAAUGGGACUGAACGCCCUACAAUCAGGCUGAACGCUCUACAAUCAGACUGAACGCUCUAGAAUCAGACAGAACGCUCUACAAUCAGAUUGAACGCUCUACAAUCAGACAGAAUGCUCUACAAUCAGGCUGAACGCUCUACAAUCAGGCUGAACGCUCUACAAUCAGGCUGAAUGCUCUAGAGUCAGACAGAACACUCUACAAUCAGACUGAACGCUCUACAAUGGGACUGAACGCUCUACAAUCAGACAGAACGCUCUACAAUCAGAUUGAACGCUCUACAAUCAGACAGAACGCUCUACAAUCAGACAGAACGCUCUACAUUUAGGCUGAACGCUCUAGAGUCAGACAGAACACUCUACAAUCAGACUGAACACUCUAGAAUCAGACUGAAUGCACUACAAUCAGGCUGAACAAUCUAGAAUCAGACAGAACGCUCUACAAUCAGGCUGAAUGCUCUAUAAUCAGGCUAAACGAUCUACAAUCAGACUGAACACUCUACAAUCAGACUGAACACUCUACAAUCAGGCUGAAUGCUCUAUAAUCAGGCUAAACGAUCUACAAUCAGACUGAACACUCUACAAUCAGACUGAACAAUCUAGAAUCAGACAGAACGCUCUACAAUCAGACUGAACACUCUACAAUGGGACUGAACGCUCUACAAUCAGAUUGAACGCUCUACAAUCAGGCUGAACGCUCUACAAUCAGGCUGAAUGCUCUAUAAUCAGGCUAAACGAUCUACAAUCAGACAGAACACUCUACAAUCAGACUGAACAAUCUACAUUAAGAUUGAACGCUCUAUAAUCAGACUGAACGCUCUACAAUCAGGCUGAACGCUCUAGAAUCAGACUGAACGCUCUACAAUCAGAUUGAACGCUCUACAAUCAGACAGAACGCUCUACAAUCAGACAGAACGCUCUACAAUCAGACUGAACGCACUACAAUCAGACUGAACGCUCUACAAUCAGACUGAACGCUCUACAAUCAGACUGAACGCUCUACAAUCAGACUGAACGCUCUACAAUCAAGCUAAACACUCUACAAUCAGGCUGAAUGCUCUAGAGUCAGACAGAACACUCUACAAUCGGACUGAACACUCUACAAUGGGACUGAACGCUCUAGAAUCAGACAGAACGCUCUACAAUCAGACUGAACGCUCUACAAUCAGACUGAACGCUCUACAAUCAGACUGAACGCUCUACAAUCAGGCUGAAUGAUCUACAAUCAGGCUGAACACUACAAUCAGUCUGAACGCUCUACAAUCAGGCUGAACGCUCUACAAUCAGACUGAACGCUCUACAAUCAGACAGAACGCUCUACAAUCAGACUGAACGAUCUACAAUCAGGCUGAACACUCUACAAUCAGACUGAACACUCUACAAUCAGACAGAACACUCUACAAUCAGACAGAACGCUCUACAAUCAGACUGAACGAUCUACAAUCAGGCUGAACGCUCUAGAAUCAGACUGAACAAUCUACAAUCAGACAGAACGAUCUACAAUCAGGCUGAACACUCUACAAUCAGACAGAACGCUCUACAAUCAGGCUGAACGCUCUACAAUUAGACUGAACGCUCUAGAAUCAGACAGAACGCUCUACAAUCAGACUGAACAAUCUACAAUCAGACAGAACGCUCUACAAUCAGGCUGAACGCUCUACAAUCAGGCUGAACGCUCUACAAUUAGACUGAACGCUCUAGAAUCAGACAGAACACUCUACAAUCAGACAGAACGCUCUACAAUCAGGCUGAACGCUCUACAAUCAGGCUGAACACUCUACAAUCAGGCUGAACACUCUAGAAUCAGGCUGAACACUCUAGAAUCAAGCUAAACGAUCUACAAUCAAGCUAAAAGCUCUAGAAUCAGACAGAACGCUCUACAAUCAGACUGAACGCUCUACAAUCAGACUGAAAGCCCUAGAAUUAGACAGAAUGCUCUAGAAUCAGACAGAAUGCUCUACAAUCAGACAGAACGCUCUAGAAUCAGGCUGAAAAUUUAGGAAUCGUGAUGAAAAUUCUACAAUCAUGUUAAACCUUCUACAGUCCUGUUCAUUUUAGAAUCACGUGCAAUGCUCUAGAACUGCGCUGAACAUUCUGGAACAUCACUGCUGAGAAUUGAAGUAUGUCUUAUGCACAAAUUUAUGUUCAUUUCUAUAACCAAGAGACAGGUGACGGUAGGGACGUAAACAUGGCUGCUGUUUGUACGUUUUCACCCAGUCGCUCUGUGUGUGUUACACUGCAGUGCAUCUGGCAUCUUCAAGAGGCAGCAGUGAACCCAUAAUAAUCAGAAACGUUAGUAAAUCUGCUCUUUCUCCUGAUAAAUCUCUACCUAAAUAAAACUCUACUGCAUUAUGUACUGUACUGUAACUUCCAUACAGCCAGUCAGAAGACGUGAGUUUCUGUUAUUAAAGAAUGUCUAUUAUUCUAUCGUUAAAGAGUCAUGAUGGAGAAGCGUAGCGUCUGAGAAAAUGUUCCUGAUAGUUUAUUAGUUUAUUCCUGAGCUUCAGACCCUCACGAUUCUCACAUGGGACACGACAGAUUCACACACUAUAUUUUUCUACAGAACUCUAAUGGUUUUGCUGCUGAGCGAGGUUUCGUUCCACACUAAUCUUCAUUUCACAACCUUUUAAUGUCUUUCAUUGUAAAUAUUUCUCUGAACAAGAGGACAAGAGGAGUGUGACCGGGAAAAGCUGGACAUUUAUACAAGUCUUCCACAGCCCAGAAACACACACACACGUACACACACACACACACACACUGGGCUCGUACUGUACAUGAAUCAUGCAGAACUGCUGAAUUAUUCAA